CCGAGAGGACCUUAUCAACCCGCCCUCUCCGGCAGAGCGCGAGGUUCUCUGCGGGCGAAAGCCGUGAGUUGAGCGCGGGGGCUCCGAGAGGGGAGAGGCUAGAAGACCUGGGGACGAGGGGCGGCGUGCCUGCCAGCCCCAUCUCCUCAAGCUCCGUGGGGAAGGAGGGAGCCGUGGGCCAAAAAGAAAAAAAAAGGAAAGGAAAAGGAAAAAAAAAAAAAGGCACGCCACCUACUACUCCGCGUGGAAAAGUGCCAAGGCGAGGGCGGAAAACGAACUUUGCAAUCUCCAGUCUUGGGAGAAAACGCGCGGGUGGAGGGGGCGGAAUCCCGAAAGCCUCGGAGAAGCAGCGGUAGCUCAGCCUUCUUGAUUCGGUUUGGCUUUUUAAAAACUGAAGAGGAGGAGGAGAGGGAGCUCCUGGAAAAGUUGUGCAGCCCUCAGUCGCCAGCGAGAGAGAGAGAGAGAGAGAGAGAGUGAGCUGGUCGGUUAAUGCAAACAGCCUCUGCAGUCCGCCGUCCCCAGGAAAGCAGGACCGUUCAGAAUCCUGCCCACGCCGCGAAGGGGGUUGGUGGGCGGGUGUGGAAGAGCAACAGUCGUGGGAGGAGAAGGGAGAGAAGCCGGCAGAACCACCUUGAAGGCGUCCAGCUGUCCCAGGCGCGUCUCGGGGUCUGUCCUGGCGCCGGCACGCGCGUAUACACACACACACACGCAUCUCUACACACGUGGGCGCAUUUCGCCUCCGUUCGCAGCUGGACACCAACCCCCUGGGCCAAAGGGGUGGGGGAGCGACGCACUGAUUCCCAGAAGGGGGGCAUCACCCAACCCCGGACCUACUUUCCUCCGCCUGCCAGUCGGUGCCAUCUCAAUUUGGAGCGUGGGAGCUUGUGGGCAGCUGGGCGCCGAGUCUCCGGAGCCCUCGCUUUAAGUGGCGGCCAGUUUCCCUUUUUUCCCCCCCUCCUUCCACGCACUCCUUCAACCCUUAAGAUUUUUUAAAAUUUCUUUUUGUAUGUACCAGACGUUAUUCCCUCCACCCCCAUCUCUUGGCAACGUUUUUGGGAUUUUAUUAUCUUCUUUAGUAGCCGGGAAGAGAAAAAGCAACCUGCUUUCCUGCUUUGAAGCAACAUUUGCAACCUGUUACAUUUCUUUUUUAUUAUUAUUAUUAUUAGGCGCUAUCUGUUGCAGGUUUUUUGCUUGUUUUUUGCUUUAAUAGAAAGCGAUUGCUGGCUUGAACCCGCCACUUUUGCUUGGAGCAUCGCAUCUGCUAGCAAACUCACUCUUGGACUUGCAACCAAUUCAAGCAGUUUGGCGGACCGGUAACUUGGCAUAUGCUAUCUGGACUCACGAUCGGGAUUGCGUUUAUUCUUUCGAUCCCUGGUUUUUUGGUUUGUGUUUUUUUUUUUUUAAAGAAGAUCUGAGGCUUGUUUGCACAUCUUAAACUGCCACGGAGAAAAUCCCAGGAAGCAUUUUGGUCCUUUCUUUGUGGGAGAAGCCGAACGAAAAGAAGUGUGUUUUGAGUUCUGUUUUAUUUUUCACUUUUAAACCUUUUUUUUCCCCUUUCCUAAAAUGCACUGCUAUCUCCUGAGCGUGCUCCUCACCCUGGAUCUGGCCACGGUGGCCUUUGCUCUGUCUACGUGCAGCACCCUAGACACGGACCAGUUCAUGCGUAAACGGAUCGAAGCUAUCCGAGGCCAGAUCCUCAGCAAACUGAAACUCACCAGCCCUCCGGAAGAGUACCCCGAGCCCGAGGAGGUUCCUCCGGAGGUCAUCUCAAUCUACAAUAGCACAAGGGACUUGCUGCAGGAGAAGGCGAACCACAGGGCAGCCUCUUGUGAAAAGGAAAGGAGCGAUGAGGAAUAUUACGCCAAAGAAGUUUACAAAAUUGACAUGGGGAGUUACCACCCGUCCGCAAAUUUCAUCUCAACAAGCAAUCAAAACCCGUACUUUAGAAGAGUGAGAUUUGAUGUCUCAGCGAUGGAGAAAAAUGCUUCCAAUCUAGUGAAAGCAGAAUUUAGAGUCUUCCGCUUACAGAAUCCAAAAGCUCGUGUAUCAGAACAACGGAUAGAACUAUAUCAGAUGAUCAAAAAUAAAGAUCCCACAUCACCUACACAACGCUAUAUUGAUAGCAAGGUCGUGAAAACAAGGGCUGAGGGAGAAUGGUUAUCUUUUGAUGUAACUGAGGCUGUACAUGAAUGGCUCCAUCACAAAGACAGAAAUUUGGGGCUUAAGAUCAGUUUACAUUGCCCAUGCUGUACAUUUGUGCCUUCAAAUAAUUAUAUUAUUCCAAAUAAAAGUGAAGAAUUAGAGGCAAGAUUUGCAGGUAUUGAUGACCACCCUUAUUCCAGUGGUGAGAAAGCUUUAAAGUCCAGUAGGAAAAAAUACAGUGGGAAGAGCCCACAUCUUCUGCUAAUGUUAUUACCCUCCUACAGACUUGAGUCGCAACAAUCCAGUCGGCGGAAGAAGCGUGCUUUAGAUGCUGCCUAUUGUUUUAGGAACGUGCAAGAUAACUGCUGUCUACGUCCAUUUUAUAUUGAUUUCAAGAAAGAUCUUGGAUGGAAAUGGAUACAUGAACCUAAAGGAUAUCAUGCAAAUUUCUGUGCAGGAGCUUGUCCCUAUUUAUGGAGCUCAGAUACCCAGCACAGUAGAGUGCUUAGCUUGUACAACUCAAUCAACCCAGAAGCAUCUGCUUCCCCAUGUUGUGUAUCCCAGGAUCUGGAACCCCUCACUAUCUUGUAUUACAUUGGCAAAACACCCAAAAUUGAACAGCUUUCAAACAUGAUUGUAAAGUCUUGCAAAUGCAGCUAAGGGGGAUGUAUUGGAGCAUUUUGGAAUAUGUAUAUUUUUUUCCCCCUCUGGAAAGAAAGGAAGAAAAAGAAACAUUCAAAAAAGAAGGAAACGAGAAAAAAAAAUACAUCAUCCAUGGUUUUUAAAAAGAAAAGAAAAUGAAACGGUACUAGUCUGAAUGGAUUGAAACUUGGUUUCAUUGUUUCGUGUUUUGUUUUUAAACAGUCACCUGAUGCAAAACCGUGACGCCUUAUCCUACAUUUCAUCUACUUGGUUAGUGAGAUAGACAUGAAGCAUUUUUAGGAAAGCAGAAAUACUAACAAGAACGAAAAAAAAGAAAGAAAACCUUUUUUUAAAAAAAUAAACACUGGAAGAAAUUGUUAAAGAGUUCUUAUGUGAAAGGAAAAAAACAGGAAAAACCCAUUAAGUGGAGUUGCUGUAUCUAUCCCGUGGCUUACUUGAUUUUUAUAUUGUUAUGCCAUAGAUGCCCUAUCUGUUCCUUGUAGUUUUUAGAAUUAACAGUGCAUUAUUUAUUUUUGUGUAAUGCGAUCAAACAAGAAUAUGUAUUGCCCUAGGGGUUGUGGGGACAGACCAGAAAGACAUAAAUGUUCAGACCAAACAAACAACUAAACGUUUUUAAUACCUAGGGAACAUGAACUCAGAAAUAUCCUGAAAAACAAUAAUUAGUUUAAUCCAAUUAAAACAGAACUCUGUUAUUACGUCAUUAAGAAAGCCUACUAUAAAAGAAAAGCCACACACACACACACCUUGUUUUCUUGCAAAAAGCCUAAGAGGGCUUCUAUGUAAAGCCUCAUACCAUUGUUGUAAUACUGAGGAGGUUAUUAAUAAAGGACAUUUUGUUUUCGUCUCAAAGACAAAUCUAUUAAGAUUAAAACAACAACUGUAAAUGAAUUACAAUUUAGUAAGCCAGUGAAAUAUUUAACAUGUACUGGUCUCAUCUUCAGACCCUAAUAUGUUGCUGUAUAGUUAUGCUUUGAGAUUGUUUUUGAUAUAUGUAACCACACCUAUGAUAUUAAAAUAGGGUGGGUAGUAAGAAGCCAGCUAAAUUGGAAACAUAUCUGUAGAUCUCUAUUGUAAACUAUUAAAAAAAUAAGUACUUUAUGUGUAAUGUGUAAAUUUUCACCAUAUUUUUGUAUUCUGUUAAUACUGUCAACUCUGAAGAAUUUGAAUUUGGGGGCUCUUGUUGAUUACUCAGAAUCAUGUGCUUCCCUCGAGCUGGCCAGUAUAAGUAGAGUCCCCUGUACUUUUAACUUGCACUACAAAUACAUGUUUUAUAAUAUUUGCUAUA